AUGGCGGUGAAGAAGAAUUUGCUCCUCAAUAAGUCAGCGGUGAUGAAGGUUGUUUUCGUCGUCAGCCUGGCUCUUUUCUUCACGCGCGUUGUCCCUGGCUGCGAGGCGUCGGACUCGGACGAAUCCUCGUCGAGCGCAGCUGAGGAGGCGCCUGGAGCGCACCCGUCUGGUGCUCGACCGCGCUCCGCAGGGCAACCCGGAGGCACCGGACAGCGCAGCACCCCUUCCAAGAUUCCCAAGCAGCCGCGAACAUCUUCAAGUUUUCAGCAGACCUACACCCUGCCUGCUCCCCUUCACGAACCAGGGGUCGAGAGCCAACGCCGGCGCGCCGGCGGAGACGGCAGCGUGUCUUCGGGAUUCGGCGGAAUGUACGUCGAUCCCGAAGGCGUGGAUGAGAUCAUACAAGAAGGACUCCUGGCAGAGGCACUUCGCCAGGAGGAGGAAGAUGCCCGACGAGGAAGGAGACGGUCAUCUGGUCUGGGUCCACUUUGGCUCUUGGACCCCGGUCCUGGGAGAGGACAAGAACAGCCGCUCGGUUCCCAAUUCAUGGAAGGCAGACCAAGGAUCGUGCCAGUCAGCCAGCCGCCGCGCCUGCCGCAGCAGCACGUUGCUGCUGCGAAAGGGCUUCGCUUCGCCUCAGACCGGGAGGAGCGUAAGCAAAACCCAGGACAGGCUUCUGACAGUGGGUUCUCGUGGGAACAAGCAUUUGGUGAACGCGGGGCGAGAGCCCAGUGUCGAGUUAGGAGAUGUGGUUAA